AUGAGUGACGAGUUUCCUGCCAUAUGCGAUAGCUGCUGUGGCCCAGACAAGCAUAUAAAGAUGAUGAGACAAGCAAAUGGAGAAGAAUGUAAAGUCUGCACCAGACCAUUUACAGUAUUUCGGUGGAACCCUAAUAAUGGAACAAACAAAUCCAAGAAAACGAUUAUAUGUAUGACAUGUGCGAGAGCAAGAAACUGUUGUCAAUCGUGUAUGUUAGAUAUAACGUAUGGCAUACCAUUAGAGAUAAGAGACACGGCAUUGAAAAUGGCUGGGCUUGAACAUGCCCUGCAAAUAAAAUCGUCUAAUACUUCUCAAAACCGUGAAGUAAAAGCCAUUAUGGCCGACAAGCAGGAAGCGAAGUAUAAUAACGAAGAUAAUGAUGUAAAUAAAUCAAAUGACCGAAGUGAAAUGGCCCGCGACAUACUUCUGAAGCUAUCAGAGAAACUAAACGGGAAUACAAAUGCCUUGAUCAAAAAGGCUCCAAAAAAUUCUAAGACAACGAAAAAAAACGAGAUAAUCAAUGUCAAAAAUGCUGAUAUAUCAAAAAUAUUAGGCAAGUUACCUCUAGGAGGCCUGAUUGUGGUUCCAGAAACCACUCCAGAACUUUCAUCAUUUUUUCUUUUCGGAUUCAGUGAUGAUAUCCCGCAAUACAUAAUAUCAGACUUCUGUAAUAAAUUUGGCAAGAUAAAAUCAUUGUCGAUUGUUCAUCGUGCUAAAUGUGGUUACGUGGUAUUCACAACUAGGAAAGCUGCCGAGAGCUUUGCAACUACAAUAAUGGAGAAUGGGCUAAAUAAGAAUACCGCUACACCAGGAUUGCUUAUAUUAAAUAACAAAUAUCCCGUUAGAGUAAGUUGGGGCAAGCAGAAGCCCUUAGUUACAACAAACGAGGAGUGCCAUAAAUUGAGUUUAGUUAUAACCAAGGUAAUGAGACAAUUAGCAGAAAAAGAUAAGAUAUUUGAAGACCAGAAAAUUACGAAAAAAGCAAAGAAUCAUAAAACAUCUUCGGAUGCAAAUGAACAUUCAAGCAAUACAGCAUCUACUCAACAUUAUAAGGCUUUACGACCAGAUUUUGAGCUCUAG